AUGCAUGGAAAAAAUAUAUUGCCACUAAUGCUGACUUUGUCCCUAGAAGCAGAACAUGGCUAUGCAUCAGUGUUACCCUUCGAUAGUGACUAUUCCAGAAAGAAAACAAAGGCAGGCACCAUGGCCAGAAAAUCCCAGAAUAACAGGUCAUCACACAACGAACUAGAAAAACAUAGGCGGGCUAAACUGCGGCUAUAUUUGGAACAGCUAAAACAGCUUGUGCCUCUCGGGCCGGACAGCACCAGACACACCACUCUAAGUCUGUUGAAAAGAGCUAAGAUGCAUAUCAAGAAAUUGGAAGAACAGGACCGAAAAGCUCUAAAUAUUAAAGAACAAUUACAGCGGGAACACCGCUACCUCAAGCGCCGAUUGGAGCAGCUCUCCGUGCAGGGCAUGGAGCGUAUCCGCACUGACAGUAUGGGAUCAACAAUAUCCACUGACUCUGAACAAGAAGUAGACAUUGAAGGAAUGGAGUUCACUCCAGGUGAAAUGGACAGUAUUGGAAGUGCCAGUGAUGCUGAAGACCACUACAGUUUGCAAAGCGGUUCGAGUGACGGAGGUUACACACAUUCCCGCAGACUGAAUGCCAGGCUCUCAUAGUGCCUGAGUUCCCCGUUCAACUCAGGACCAUCUGACUGAAGCACUUAUAUAUGAAUAUUCCAGAGGUGUCAACUGCCACUCUUCCGGGAAACCCCAACCACAGUACUCUGACAUGGAGGUUUCUUACCCACGGUUCCCUGCACUGUAACCACAAUAUUAGAUAUUGUAAAUCAUGGGUUUGCUGCAGAGAACUGUGGUUAGGUACAGUUGUGACUUAAAGCUAGCUUGAUGUAGCCAUACUGCAAAUUUAAGAGAAUAAAUUUUGUGAUUCCAUUCAAGUAUUAAAUUCAAACUGUUGGAAGCAUGGCGUAAGGGAGUUGGACAGUUAUUUUGAUUUUGCGGAAACCAUUUUCAAACGUGGAAGAUUAAAUGGAAUCUACAACGUGUUAGUGAUUCGGAGAUAUGAAAACCUAAAACUGCUUUUUAUGGUAUUUUUUAAUGAAAAAAAAACCCCAAACUAUUUUGAGUGCUGUAUAGCAUAUACAUAUAUAUCGAAUAAAUUCGUUCAGUUGUUGUUUGGGUGAAGCAGGCAGAUAAAUCUUCAAAUCUCAGAUGACCUUUAGAAAAGGUCAUAUUUACAAGUCACUACUGUACUUCAAAACGGGGAAAAGCCAGCUCUAGUAAUGACUUCAUAUGGGAUGAUCUCAACUUUCUUUUGCUUUUUUGUAUUCAAUAUCCAACCAGCAGCAAAUCAUUCCAUCCAUGUUAAUGGGAGCAGCAGAAAGCAACACUGCAAUUUUAACCUGUUACCGUGGAAUGGAUGACAUUUGAAGCAUUUCAGUGGUUUUUUGGGUUGGUUUUUUUUUCAUUUCUUUGUCUGAAGAAUACAGAACUCCAGUUUGUGAUAGUUAAUCUUUCCUUGCAAGGAAAUGAAAUCUCUGUUUGCUUGUAUUUUUUUUUUCUUCUAUUUACACAUGUCAAUACAUUUUUAUGGAAGGCAUGGCUUAAAAUUACAGUAUUCAGCUAGAAGAUAAUUAAUCUUUUUUUUUUCUUUUGCACACUAUAAUUGCAUUUUCUAUUCUUAAAAAAGUGCAAAAAAAUUAAAAUGUAUGCUGUAAAACAGCGAAGUUUAUUUAGUACUCAUCAAGCUGUUCAGAACAUAUUUACCCAAAUUGUAGCAAUACUAUGAAGAUGUAUUUUAAUACAACUUCUGCUUAGUGAAGUCAUUAGAGCUUGGCUUGCCGGGUAAGAAAAAAAAAUGGACCAGUCUUUGCAUUAUCUGUUUAAAGAAGGUCUUUUAAAAAAAAAAAAAAGGAAAAAAAAAAAAGAAAAAAGGGAAAAAAAAAAGAAAAAA